AUGAGUUUGAAACAGCCUUGUAUUUUUCUCAGAGGUGCGACAAAGAGACAUAGAAGUCUUACAAAUGAUGAAAUCGAUGAGUUGCGCGAGGCCUUUGUGGAGUUUGACAAGGACAAAGACGGCUACAUCAGCUGCAAAGACCUGGGGAACCUGAUGAGGACCAUGGGCUACAUGCCCACAGAGAUGGAACUCAUCGAACUCAGCCAGAACAUCAACAUGAACCUGGGAGGCCGGGUGGAUUUUGAGGAUUUCGUGGAGUUAAUGACGCCCAAGCUGCUGGCUGAGACGGCAGGGAUGAUUGGUUUAAAGGAGCUCAAGGAUGCCUUUAAAGAGUUUGACAUCGACGGAGAUGGCUCGAUCACUAUAGAUGAGUUGAGGCACGCCAUGACGAAGUUGCUGGGUGAGCACACUAGUCGCAGAGAGAUCGAGGCCGUGGUGCGAGAGGCCGACAACAAUGGGGAUGGGACCGUGGACUUUGAAGAGUUUGUAAGAAUGAUGUCACAAAAGUGA